AUGGUUCCAAUGGAACAGAUCAAAGAUAGGAAGAUGAUGGAUGAGUUUGAGGUGAAGCAACAAUUGUUAGAGAUUAGAACUUCCAAGAGAUCAGAUCCCGACCCCCCUAUCCCACAGGCUUGGUCUCUAGUCUUCACGUGGAGAAAUAAUGAAUGCAAAACUUGGGGUUACAAAGGGCAAUAA